AUGGCAAAUGUCAGAAUGGUCAGAGCACAAUGGGACUAUGAUGCUCUAGAGGACAAUGAGAUAUCCUUCAAAGCUGGUGACAUGAUCGAGCUUAUCGAAGCUCACAACGACGAUUGGUUUGAAGGAAAAUUCAAAGGUGUCGCGGGCUAUUUCCCUGCAAACAGAGUCGUCCCUGUAGAUCCUGAAUCCGACGUGCUGACUCCAGACGGAAGGAUUGAUGGUGACAAUCCCUUUGACGAUGACGAUCCACCACCGGGUGCUGAACCAGUAUGGAAACAAGUCAAGAGUCCAAACGGCGACACGUAUUAUUGGAAUGUGAAUACUGGCGAAACGACAUGGAAGGCACCACCUCAGAACGAGAUAUUAGAUGAAGGUCCUGCAGUAUAUGAAGCUGACUCCUCAUCCUCCAACAACCUGGCACGUGUAGAGUCAAGGAAUACGCUACGGUCAUCCUUCUUUGGUUGGGAAACUGAUAUGAAUAUUGAGCCUGCUAUCAGUGGAUUGUCAAUCAUGAUGGAUCAAUUUGAUUCUAUUCCACCUGAAUUGAUUCGACGAGAAGGAGGGCUGGGAAAGAAGUUGAAAAAGGUUGUUGGGGGCAAAGAACCAAGAUCACAGCAAUCUUGGAGGACAUAUUGGGGUGUUGUGUGUAUUGGAUGGCUGGUCUUGUACAAGGAUCCACCAAACAAGAAGAAACCAGAAAAGGUGUCGCCGGUAGACAUCAUACCUCUGGUAGAGGUUACUAUAGAAUCUGCUGGCAAAGAUCAAACGAAAAAGAAGAAUGCUUUCGCCCUAAGCAUAACAGGUGGUGCUCAAUGGCUGCUGCUACCAUCGAAUGAAAGUGAGGCAAGCAAAUGGAUACAAACCAUCAAGGAUUCUGCAAAGGAGUUUUGUACUGAGGACGAAUAUGACUCGGCUUUGACCAAAGUGUUUUGUAAAGAUAUGUCAACUGUCGAAAAGGAACAGAUGGCUCGUCAAAAGAAACCUCAAGCUCCCGCUUACAAGGCUCCAGCACCCGAAGAACGAAAACCAGAAACCAAACCCAAACCGACCAAGAGAGUAGAUUCAGCUAGUGAUGACACGGACAAGUCGAAUGUCAGAGCCAAAUUAGGUGGCUUCUUUUCACGAAACAGGACUGGAUCAGAAGAUCUCAAGAAGAGCAAGACAAGUCUUGUGGAAGAUCUUGUAUUCGGUGGAUCGCUGUCUCAACAAGUAGCCAAAGACAAUUCACCAUAUCCAUCUGUGGUUGAAGCGUGUAUACAGGAGGUGGAACGGAGAGGAUUACAAUCACAAGGCAUUUACAGAUUAUCUGGAAAUGCUUCAACCAUUCAGAAAAUACGGAUAAUGUUCAAUUCCCAGGAAGCUGUUCGGUUUGAGGAUGAACCCGAUAUCAACGUCGUGGCAGCUGUGUUGAAGUUAUACUUUCGAGAGUUACAGAAUCCAUUAGUACCAUUUGAAUUCUAUGAAGAGUUUAUCGAAGCUGCAAAAAUAUCCGAUUACAAUGAACGGUUGAUGCAAAUCAAGGCAUUGAUUCAUUCACUCCCAAAAUGCAAUUUUGAAACAUUCCAAUACCUCAUUCAGCAUUUACAAAAGGUGGCAGCAGAAGGAGAAAUCAACAAGAUGGAGCCUCCGAAUCUGGCCAUUGUCUUUGGACCAACACUUAUACGAGCACCGGAAGAUGGCCAGACUGCCAUGAUGAAUAUGAUGAAUAUGAGUUUCCAUAAUCAGAUUGUUGAGACUAUUCUGGUACAAGCAGACUGGAUGUUCACAGCGGACUCGGACGAUGAAGGAGCCGCUCAGUCAUGA